GGGUGGCACUGUGCCACGGGUGGCAAGCUCAGUCAGGCGGCAGCUGAGGCUGGAGAAGGUGGCACCUCCGGCUUAUUCCGCCUUAUCUGAGUGGCACUGUUGCGUAUUGUUCCUUGAGAUCUCACCAUGGAUAGAGGCAGUGAGUGCACAUCACACCAGUGCAGAGCAAGGUUCAAAUCCCCGGGAGUCCAGGAAAGAGAGUACACACCACGCACCUGGAUGUUUCUGGUAGUCUGGACCACUGGGGUCCUGGUCUACUCUAAUGGUCUGACUGGAGACUUCGUUCACGACGACAUCAGUGCCAUCACCACCAACCCUGAUGUCCUGGGGACCAGUACAGUCUCUCAGGUCUUCUUUAAUGACUUCUGGGGUAGGUCCCUCUGGGACUCACUCUCCCACAAGUCUUACAGACCCCUCACCACUCUCACUUUCAGGUUCAACCGGUUCAUGCUGGGGUUCACACCUGUCUGGUUCCACCUGGUGAAUGUACUCCUGCACUGCUGUGUGUGUACUCUGCUGCUCCUGCUCUUACAGCAGCUCCACCUGCAGCACAGUACAGUGCUCUCUGCUGUACUCAUCUUCACCACUCAUCCUGUACAUACCGAGGCCGUAACUGGUGUGGUAGGUCGGGCAGAUCUGCUGGCUUGUAUAACUUACCUGGCUGCUAUCAUCGUCUAUAACAGGGCGAUAGAGAGACACUACAGGAACAUGGAAGCAGAAGGCGAUGAAGGAGAAGACGAAGGAAGCGCUAAAGAGUGGAAUGGUAGGAGAGUAACACUGGUUGCUGACCCUGGCACUGCUGGGAGAGCCAUGUGGAGUGCUACCAGGAGAAGGAUGACUGGCAUCGUGCCUGAGGGGAUUGGAGUAGGAGAAGAGGAUGAAGGAAGAAGAGGAGGACGAGGAGGAGGAGGAGGAGAGUGGGUAUUGGUGGGCAGGACUGGGGUCCUGGCAGGGGUAGGGACCAUGUGUAAGGAACAUGCCCUGACGGUGCUGCUGGUGUGUGCUGCCUGGGAUAUUAUAUUACACAGGAGGUCACUGUGUCGUCUGUCAGCCAGAAGGCCUUUACAGCCCCUCUUCAGAAGACUCUUCUGUCUCAGUGCCAUGGGAGUGGUCAUCUUGCUGCUCCGUUUGUGGAUGCUGCGAGGAUCAUCUCCUGUCUUCAGUGACCAGGAUAAUCCAGCAUCCUUCUCUCCUUCACUACUGACGAGGUAGGACACCAGAAUCCUUC